UAACCGGACCUUCAUUGGUGGGACACCAAGUGGCACGAAGCUGAAUGACAUGAGAGUUGGGUAUGGAGGCAGCAGGGAGCAGCUCCGGGCAUGCAACAGUGGUGGGCAGUGUUUCAUCAGCGGAGAGCUCCAGGGUGUAUGAUCAGGAGGAGGAAGAAGCUCCAAAGCCUGGGAAAUGGGCACUGCAAAGGAACUGGCUGGCUACUCAUCCUACGCUCACAAGGAUGAUGUCAUUAGAUGUGGCUGACAGCAGCAGCGUGUAUGCAGCUUUCUUAGUUUACUUAGACCUCUUAGAAGCUAGAAACUGGCAUGAAGUGUCCUACAUUGGGUUAGUGGAAUUCCAGCUUGUAUGUCUCCAUGGACGAGAGAGAGAAGUGGCGGAUUUACAAGUAGUGGUGCCAACUCCAGUCCAUGUACCAUUCAGUCAUGAGAGGAUGAGACAGAUCAUGAAGAGAGCGCACACGAUGCAGGAUAAGCCCGAUUCCCCACUGUCCAUCAUGCUAGCUAUAGUUGAAUCAGACUCGACGAUAGUCUACUACAAACUGACAGAUGGUUUUGUAAUGCCGGACCCUCCUGACGAUACUGAAGACAUGGACCAUAAACAGUGGAGGAAGAAAAGAAAGAGAUGUAUGAGACGAUAGGGAUAUGAUACAGCUGUGUGUGCUCCAGGCUGCUUCUACACUAGUCUGAAAAUGUUCAACGAAAAGGCUGAACAUCUGCUUUGAAAAUCCUUGAGAACUGCCAGGACAUUGAAGUGGACCUCUUUGUAAUAAAAAGGGGCAUCCAAAGAGGGCAUUCAAGAAUCUGCCUCCUUUUCAUCAGUUUAGGCUUAAAGGCUGUGUUUUUAGAAGGAAAGCUUUUUGGAACAAAAAGAAAUUCUAACUUCUGUUCCUGAUUCAAUAGGCACCCAAGAAUACUUAAUUUUUAAAUAAAAUAUUGGCUUCUCCUAGUGAA